AUGAGCAUGCCAGAUGGAAAUCAUCAUGCCGGGACUUCCAAGACAGAGCAGAAGUCCCCUGAGCCAAUCCCUAUUGCCAUCAUAGGCAUGGGAUGUAGGUAUCCAGGAGGUGCGACCGACCCAUCGAAAUUAUGGCAGAUGUGUGUCGAGCAGCGUGAUGUCUGGUCUCCUAUUCCCAAGGAUAGGUUCAACUCCAAAGUCUUUUAUCAUCCUGAUCCGGGCAGGAAUGGCACGUUUAAUGCCUUGGGCGCCCACUUCCUCGAUGAGCAUCCAGGAUAUUUCGAUGCUCCAUUUUUCAAUGUGACAAAGGCUGAGGCUACUGCGAUGGACCCUCAACAGAGGCUUCUAUUGGAAUGCUCGUUCGAGGCAUUAGAGAAUGCUGGGAUUCCUCUGGAAAAAGUCUCUGGGAGUGACACUGCAGUCUUUGUGGGAUCCUCUUGUGCCGAUUACACUACCCUCUUACAACAUGAUCCCGACAAGACGGCGCUGUAUCAGUCCACCGGCAGCGGACAGACAAUGCUUUCCAACCGUUUAUCGUACUUCUUUAACCUGAAAGGUCCCAGUGCUACAGUGGACACUGCGUGCAGUUCAAGUCUAGUGGCUCUUCAUCUUGCUUGUAAUACCAUACGAUCUGGCGAAAGCAAACAAGCGAUUGUCGGAGGCUCAAAUCUCAUUCUGACUCCUGAGCCGAUGAUUGCUUUGAGCAUGCUGAGGCUUCUUUCUCCUGAUGGACGCUGUCAUUCUUUCGAUGAUCGGGCAAAUGGCUUUGGCAGGGGCGAGGGAUUGGCUUGCAUUGUACUCAAGCGCCUUGACAAAGCACUCAAGGACGGUGAUGAUAUACGGGCCGUCAUUCGCAACACUGGCUCAGGUCAAGAUGGAAGAACGUCGGGUAUCACGUUGCCCAAUGGGAAGUCUCAAGCGGAUCUAAUGAACCACCUCUACCAUACAAGUGGACUCGACCCUGCCGAGACAACUUACGUCGAGGCCCAUGGCACAGGGACUCAGGCUGGUGACCCCAUCGAAGCUGCAUCUCUGUCAAAGGUCUUCUCGCCGAGGAGAUCGUCCCAUGAGCCCCUCGUUAUUGGCUCUAUCAAGUCCAACAUCGGACAUUUAGAAGGUGGCAGUGGGCUUGCCGCAGUCGUGAAGACUGUGCUGAUGCUAGAAAAGGGCCUGAUUUUGCCCAACUUCGAUUUUCGCAAUCCCAAUCCGCAAAUACCGAUAGAUGACUGGAAUGUCAAGGUCUCGCAAAACCUGGAGGAAUGGAAUCCGGAACACCUACGCCGAGCAUCCAUCAAUAACUUUGGGUUUGGAGGCAGUAAUGCGCAUGUUAUCAUUGAAGAAGCACCUAACUAUCUGUCUCGGCGCGUAUCACCCGGGUACUGUAAGAAAUUGCCCCCAGUUAUAUCGGCUAUCCCGGUAGACAGUAGUAGCAUUGCCAAAAAGGGCCUCUUUACGAACGGUGACACCCCGACAGACAAUACUUCGAGCAACGGCGACAUUGUUGAGGACAGCCACUCUGAUGACAGCUUUCAAGUCGUAAAACGUAAAUCGUCAACCCACGUCGAUGUUCCCAGUCGCCCAACUCGACCACACCUAUUCGUUCUUUCAGCGUUCAGCGAGCUUUCAGGGAACACGCAAGCAGAAAGACUGCGAAGAUAUCUGGAGGACCAGGAAAAGGAUUUCUGUUCAACGAUCAUGGAUGACUUGGCUUUUACGCUUGGAGAGCGUCGGUCUGCUUUGACUUGGAGAGCCGGGGUUCUAGCAAGGUCUGUGUCAGACUUGCUCAAUACCCUUCAAACCGGGAAACUCAAAUUCUCGAGAUCACAAAAAGUUCCUACUCUGGGAUUCAUCUUUACAGGCCAAGGAGCUCAGUGGCAUGCUAUGGGACGCGAAUUGAUGAUUCAAUAUCCGAUAUUUCGAGAUUCGUUGAAUUUAUCUGACCGAUAUCUGAAAUCGUUCGGAGCUGCUUGGUCUCUUUGGGGUGAGUCCUGGCCUAGCAAGAAUGGUACUGUAUGUGCAUCUUUGGCUAAUAUGACACUAGAUGAGCUGAUGAAGGAUGCGGAAACCUCAAAUAUUAAUUCAGAGUACCUUAGCCAGCCGCUUUGUACCGUGAUCCAGAUCGCUUUGGUCGAUCUACUCGAGGCUUGGAAUAUCAGGCCGACAAGCGUUACCGGACAUUCUAGUGGAGAGAUUGCAGCAGCCUACUCAUGCGGCGCUUUGUCUCAUAGAUCUGCCCUUGCAGUGGCAUAUCAUCGAGGCAUAGCUGCUGCUGCAGUCAAGGCCCAUAAUCCCUUUCCAGCUGGGGCUAUGAUGGCAGUUGGCAUGUCUGCAACAGAAGCCCAAUCCGUGAUUGCUACCUUAACGCAAGGUCGGCUGAAUGUCGCGUGCAUCAACAGCCCGCAAAGUAUUACAGUAUCCGGAGAUAAGCCUGCCAUCAUAGAAUUGCAGAGCAUACUGCAUACCAAGGGCAUCUUUGCUCGGCUGCUGAAAGUCAAUGUUGCCUAUCACUCCCAUCAUAUGACUAGUGUAGCCGACAGCUAUCUACAGAUGCUCCAAGGGCUUCAGGUGAACAGAGUCAAUUCAGUAGGCUUCUUUUCUACCGUCUCAGGCGAUCUGCAAGGCCCUUCAAUUCUAGAUGAGGGCUAUUGGGUCUCAAAUCUCACCUCCCCUGUUCGCUUCUCUGAGUCUGUGCAGCAACUUUGUUCCAGCACAAACCAAUGGCAAAUGCAUCAGACGAACACACCCGCGGCUGUUGAUUGCUUAGUUGAGAUAGGCCCUCACUCAGCUCUCAAAGGGCCCUUGAACCAGAUCCUGAAAUCAACAAGACUAAGUACUUCCAACAUUACCUAUUUACCAAGCCUGAUGAGAAAUGCUGACGCUGGGAAAACUAUGCUCGACCUGGCUGGUGGUCUCUUCAAACUGGGCGUUCCUGUUAACAUGCAGGCCAUCAAUCGCCCAGUCGAUGUCCAAACACCCAGUGUUCUAGUGGAUUUGCCACCUUACCCUUGGGACCACUCAACUUUAUAUUGGCUCAAUUCAUCGAGUAGCGAGAGAUACCGGAACGGUUCUCAUUCCAGAAGCGAUUUUUUGGGCGUACCUGUCAAAGACUCAAAUUCUCUGGAGCCAAUCUGGAAAAAUCACAUCCGUUUGUCUGAUAUUCCUUGGCUUGAAACCCACAAAAUCCAGUCAAACGUUGUGUAUCCAGCGGCUGGGUACCUCAACAUGGCGAUGGAAGCUGAGGACCAGCGCUCUCAAUCGGCAUAUAGGAAGGUGAUCGGUUACGAUUUUCGCGAGAUUUCAAUAAAGAAGGCGCUCGUGAUAUCUCAUGAUAAUGAUGAGGUGGAGACUAUGUUUACUUUGCGGCCUUACAAUCAGAGUGUACAAUUGCCUUCUGACACUUGGGACGAAUUUUCAGUGUCUUCUUCGGUCGAUGGCGCUACGUGGACUGAGAACUGUCACGGCUUGAUAUCCGUCCGCAAGGAAUCAGAAGUAUCUGAAGUGGAUGGUGGUCGCGAGGCUAGUGAGAGCAUAGCCGAGAAUGAGCGGAUGAUUUCAAGACUGGAAAUAGAUUGCAAGACGAAGCUUGACAUACAAGAGGCCUACGAAGGUCUCAAAAAUCUUGGACUUGACUACGGCCCUAUGUUCGCAAACAUGAAGGAAGCAAGAGUGUGCGGUGGAGGGAGUAUUGCCGUGGUAUCGGUCCCUGACACUGCGGCGAUCAUGCCUGCCAAUUUCGAAUACCCCUUCAUAGUCCAUCCUGCUCUCUUGGAUAGCUGUUUGCAUGCCAUCUUUAUGAUCGGAAAAAGCUAUACACACACUGAUCAAGGUACACCUGUACCGACAUUCAUCAAGGAGGCACUUGUUUCCCAAAAUGUAUCGAAACAGCCAGGACAUGAAAUGACGGCAUAUGCAUCACUCAUGAGGAAUGACUUAGGUAGAACAUCAGGGAAAGGGUUGGAUCGAACCACUAGUAAUGUUUCUGUCUUCGACAAAGCGUCCACGUACAGUCAUCCGUCCAUAAGUGUUAGCGGCUUGCGCUUCACAUCCAUUGGGCAGGUUGCCUCAAAAGAAGCGAUCAUGGGCAGCGAAAAGGCUAUUUCUUAUCAGACUAUUUGGCAGCCAAGCUCUAACUUCCUCUCAGCAGAUCAAUGGUUUAAAGUAACAAGCCAUCUUCGCCGUCCAUCCCUUGACGCCACCCAAGAUGAAAAGCUCCAGCAAGCCGCUUUCUACUAUGCAGAGCGUGUGAUGAACUUGAUGUCCUCUGUGGAACCGUCAAGCCUAGCGCCUCAUUACAGGAAGCUUUACAAGUAUCUAUCUGGAGUUUGUACAAAGGUCCAGGCAGGGCAGCUAGGAGAGGCUUCCACAGCUUCGUGGCUGAGUACUAAUGCUAAGCAAAAGAUGGAGCACUGCCGCCAGUUCAAGGGCACCUCUUGGGCCAUCCUUUGUAGCAUUGGGGACAAUCUUCCGCAUAUUUUAAGUCAGGAGCUUGACCCCUUAUCUCUUAUGUUGGAGAACAAUCGACUUGAAGAAUAUUACCGUGCCGAUCAGAGACUCCUUCAAUGUUACGAACAGGCAGCUUACUAUACCAAAUUACUCGCAUACAAGAACCCUGUCAUGCGUGUCCUAGAAAUUGGUGCCGGUACUGGAGGGGCUAGCUUGCCAAUCCUAAAAUCGCUAGGUGGUACGGAUGGCAACCCACCUCUUUUCUUGGAGUAUGACUUUACCGAUGUGUCUCCUGCCUUCUUUGAGAAGGCAAUGGAGAAGACUGAGCCGUGGGCUCAUCUUAUUAAAUUCAAGAAACUCGAUAUUGAACUUGAUCCAUUGGAACAGGGGUUCGAGCCAGGAUCGUAUGAUUUGAUUAUCGCCUCGAAUGUACUUCAUGCCACAAAGUGCAUGGAAGACACACUAAGUCGAGUUCGGAGCCUCCUCAAACCGGGUGCCUCGCUUUUGUUGGUCGAAACGACUGCGGCAAACAUCGUCAUAAGUCUCAUAUUUGGGACGUUGCCUGCGUGGUGGGCAGGUGAGGAAGACUACCGCCAAGAUGGACCACUAUUGACUGAACCACAAUGGGAUGCUAUGCUUCGGAAGACAGGCUAUACUGGAUUGGAAGCCAAUCUAUGGGACAUGCCAGAGGCAACAAAUCACUGCGUGAGUACUAUGGUCUCACUUGCUGCAUUGGAUCAUCCUGUCGAUCUUCCGGACAUUGCGAUUAUCACCAGCUCUGAACCAUCUGGCCCUAGUGUCGGGCCAUUUAGGAGUCUAUAUGAAAGUGCACGAAAGGCUCCUCAAAUCAGCAGUCUCGCUAGCUAUCGCGGCGAUGGCCAAGUCUGUAUCAUGUUAAGCGAGCUGACAUCCUCGGUCCUGCGCAACCCAUCCCCUGAGCAAUACGCAGCUAUUAAGCGGCUAUUACUCGGGAACAAUGAUGUCCUCUGGGUCACGCAGGGUGCCCUCAUCGAAUCAGGUAAUCCGGACUCGAAUCUUGCAUUAGGUCUUUUGAGGACCAUCAGAGAGGAGAAGGGAGAUACUAUGCUUGUUCACUUGGAUCUUGAUCCGGACCUAAGUCUAGAUGACCCUGAAGUUGAGGAUACCAUUGUUUCCAUUUUGAAGGCCAAUUUCAACCGGAGGCUGCCCCCGUCGGCUUCGAUAGAUACGGAAUACACCCUGAGGGGUGGAUUGGUAAUGGUGCCUCGUGUAGUGGAAGACAAGACAUUGACCUCCUUUGUUACGUCAAGUUCAGGCGCACGAAUGCCAGAGGAUCAGCUAUUUCAUCAGGACCAGCGGCCACUGAAGGCUGAAGUCAAGACGCCAGGGUUGCUCGAUAGCAUACAGUUCGUCGAUGACGAGAGAGCGUUUGGAUAUUUACCUGACGAUCACGUUGAGGUUGAAAUGAAAGCCGCUGGACUCAACUUUCGAGACGUGAUGUCGUCUUUAGGCCAGAUCGACCCGUAUCCACUCGGCGUUGAGGGCGCUGGAGUGAUCACGGCUGUUGGAAAAGACGUUUCUGAACUCCAGAUAGGUGAUCACGUCAUCGCGACAUCUAACGGUGGCUGCUUCUGCAGCUGUCUCAGGGUUCCGGCGAAUACUAUUGAGCUGAUUCCAAAGGAUAUGCCAUUUGAGAUUGGUGCUUCUCUACCAAUUGCGUAUAUGACAGCAUACUACGCUGUCUUCAAGAUAGCUCGUCUGUCCAAAGGCGAAACAGUGCUAGUACACGCAGCCACUGGAGGACUAGGUCAAGCUCUGCUCAACCUUUGCCACGUUGUUGGCGCUGAAGUCUUCGCCACCGUUGGGACUCUUGAGAAGAAGGACUUACUUAUGAAGGAGUUUGCUAUCCCAGAGGAUCACAUUUUCUCCAGCAGAGAUGGCACUUUUGCUAAAGGAGUCAUGAGAAUGACCAAUGGUAGAGGCGUAGAUGCUAUCAUGAACUCGCUCUCUGGAGACCUUCUCCGUCUUUCUUGGGACUGUAUCGCAGACUUUGGCCGCUUUGUGGAGCUAGGAAAGCGCGAUUUCACUGUCAAUUCACGACUUGAAAUGCGGAACUUCGAGAAAAAUGUGACAUUCACUGGCUUGGAUCUUCCUAUCGAGUCCCAGCGCGAAGAGAAGCAUAAGAUCUGGAAAGAGCUCAUGAGGCUUUAUCAGGAAGGCAGAAUCAGAGCUCCUCAUCCAAUCACCGUCUUCCCCAUGUCCCAAUUGGAGAAGGCUUUGAGGACUAUGCAGUCUGGGAAGCAUAUGGGCAAACUAGUACUAAUGCCGCAACCGGAUGAGAUUGUCAAGGUUGUACCACAAGACGACAGCCAUCGACUCUUGCGAGCAGACGCAACGUACUUUCUCGUUGGUGGGUUAGGCGGCAUUGGUCGAGCACUCGCUCUUUGGAUGACAGGUCAUGGGGCAAGAAACUUCAUCUUCUUGUCACCGAGCGGGUUAGACAAGGCGAAGUCAAAGGAAGCCAUCGCCUUACUCCACGCGGAGGGAGCUCGCGUGAAUGUCUUUAAAGGCGAUGUAAGCAACCUCGCAGACGUUCAGCGAGCGUUGAAAGAAAGCUCAAACGACAUGCCUCCCGUACGUGGAGUCAUACAAGCAGCCAUGGUCCCAGCGGCGGAUCUCUUCGAGAACAUGACCCUAGAAGACUACAACGCCGCCAUGCGCCCCAAAGUCGACGGCACCUGGAACCUCCACAAUACCCUCUCCCCCCCUUCCCACCCCCACUCUCUCGAUUUCUUCAUCUGCCUCUCCUCUGUCGUCGGCCUUGUCGGCAACCCCUCCCAAGCAUCCUACGUCGCCUCCUCCCUCUUCCUCGACGCCUUCGCUGACUUCCGCGCCCACCUGAAUCUCCCUGCCGUGACGCUCGACCUGGGCCGCGUCGUCGGUGUCGGAUUUGUGGCGGAGAAUGAGGCGGCGAGAAGAGGGACGGAGAGGCUGUGGAGUCGGGAUAUCAGCGAGGGAGAGGUUAUGAGGAUGGUUGAGGAGGCUAUUCGUGAACCUUUUAGAGGAAGGAGGAACGGAAAGGGAGAGGAUGAAAUGGGCCGUAGGUCGGGAAGUAGCAUCACGGGCUUGAAAACAUGGAAAGAGGACGCAGGAGCCGUUUAUGACGCCCCGUUGUUCUCGCACUGGAGACGCGCGGCCAUGGCGUCGCGCAAUUCCGACCACACCGCUCCCGAUCACGCUGGGGCUAAUAUGCGCGACGUUCUUCGCAUGGCGAAAAGUCGAGAAGAGGCUACGGAUAAGGCUUGUGAAGCCAUCAUGGCCAAGAUGGCGACAUUGCUCAUGAUUCAGAAGGAGGAUAUCAGGCCGGAAGGGAGUAUGGUCGAGUAUGGGCUGGAUUCGCUCGUGGCGGUUGAGAUGCGGAAUUGGCUUGUUAGGGAGAUGGAUGCUACGGUGCCGGUUUUGGAGUUGUUGGCGAAUCGGUCGGUGAGGGAGUUGGCGGGACGGGUUGUUAAGGGGAGUGGGGUUGUGGGUGUGGGAUUGAAGGGUGAUUGA